UCCGCUCCACCGCCGCCCCCGCGCAGUACGACCCGCCGUGCCCAGCAAAAGCCAUAAAACCUCCGCGGCGGAGAACGCGCUGUAACCACCGGUCACUCGCCAAAGGCUCGGGGAGCAAGCGAGGCGAAGCAAGCGGGCAUGGACUCCUUCUCGUCGCCGUCGCUUUCGUCGCCCGGGAACCCCAACCCGGAGGCGAUCAUGGAACAGAUCAAGGCGCAGCUCGCACAGGCUUACGCGCAGGAACUUCUUGAGACUGUCGGGAACAAGUGCUUUGAGAAGUGUGUGACCAAGCCAGGAUCAAGCUUGAGCGGGAGCGAGAGCAGCUGCAUAUCGCGUUGUGUUGACCGUUACCUCGAGGCGACUGGUAUUGUCAGCCGGGCUUUGUUCAGUUCCCAGCGCUAGGAACACAUGAAGAGAGAUGAUUUCUCGAAGAUUCCUGGCGAGAAUGAUGUCCUUCUGAGUUUUAGCUCAGCAAGAUACAAUAAAUUUUUUGUGCUUAAUUUUUCAUGCAGUGUUAAUCCUCGUAAGAUCUGGGAGGUUUUUCUUGUAAUCCUUUCUGCUUUAGUAAAAGAAACAUGCUCUAUUAAGUUGCGCAGAUGUUGCAUUGGCUCAUCUUGCAUUUUGUCUCUCC